AUGAGAUUCACAAAAUUGCUGGGCCUAUUGGCCACGGCAAUACCGCGCGUUGCUGCCGUCGACCUGACCGGCUAUGAAUUUAUAGUUGUCGGCUCCGGCGCUGGUGGCGGCGUCUUGGCCGCCCGCCUCGCCCUCGCGGGCCGUAAAACCCUUCUCGUCGAAGCCGGUGACGAUCAGGGAGCCAACGAGAAUUACACCGUUCCGGCCUACCAAGCAAAAUCCACCGAAGAUGACUCCAUGGCCUGGGAUUUCUUCGUUCGCCAUUACGUCGACGACGCGAGACAGGCGCGCGAUUUCAAGACCUCUUACGAGACUCCAGGCGGCGGCGAGUAUACCGGCCUCAACCCGCCCCCCGGUUCCACGAUGAAGGGAACGCUGUAUCCCCGUACCGGCACUCUUGGAGGGUGUACUGCUCAUAACGCUUUAAUCGCGGUGUAUCCUCACCGUUCAGAUUUCGACUACAUUGCCAGCCUCACCGGUGACCAGUCGUGGUCAGCGAAUAAUAUGCGCAAUUACUUCAUUCGCAUGGAAAACAACCGCUACCUGUUGCCGCUUGCCACGGGUCACGGCUACAGCGGCUGGCUUAGCACCGAGACUGCACCGCUGAACCUUGCCCUGCUGGACCCUCAGCUUCUCAGUUUGGUAACUGGAGGUGCUUUUGCUCUCGGAAACCAGACGAACCUGGUCUUCAACCUCGCCACGCUCCUUGCUGGCGAUGGCAAUAGUGCAGCUUCCGACCGUGAUACGCGGCCUGGAUACUACCAGAUUCCUAUCUCAACCAACGACGCUCAUCGUGUCGGCUCACGGGAGUUCAUCGUCGCUGUCCGCGACGCAAAGAACCCCAAUGGCAGCAAGCGGUACCCCCUCGACGUCCGCAUGAACUGCCACGUAACCAAGGUUCUCUUUAAUAAUUCGUCUCCGCCAAAGGCCACGGGUGUUGAGUUUGUCGACGGCAAGUACCUGUACCGCGCGAGCCCUCGCUCACGCAACGCCGGGUCCGGUGUCCGCGGCACGGCAACCGCGUCCCGCGAGGUCGUCAUUGCUGGUGGCGCAUACAACUCUCCCCAGCUCCUCAAGUUGAGUGGCAUUGGCCCGGCCGCAGAGCUGAGCCGCUUCGGCAUUCCCGUCAUCAAGGACCUGCCGGGCGUAGGGACGAACCUUCAGGACCACUAUGAGAUCACGGUUCAGGGCCGCACGCCGGCCAGUUUCAGCGCGCUGAACGGGUGCACUUUUGGGUUCUAUGGACAAAGCGACCCCUGCCUGACGCGGUGGAAAACUCCUAUUCUCGGAGACCGAGGUAUCUACGAGUCCUCGGGCUUUGCGGCGACCAUGUUCUACAAGAGCACCGUCGCUGAGAGGAACGAGUGGGACGUAUUUGCCUUUGGAGGCCCCGUCAACUUCCGUGGAUAUUUCCCUAACUACAGUGUCAACGCGACCGUUGAGCAUGAUUGGUUCAGCUGGGCAAUUCUGAAGUCGCAUCCUCGUAACACUGCCGGCUCCGUGACACUUCGCUCGUCCGACCCCUUGGACGUGCCUAAUAUUGUCUACAACUACUUCGACACUGGCUCGGGGGAUUUCAACGCCGACCUACAAGCCAUGACUGAGACCGUAAAACUGACUCGCGAUGCUUUCUCCCGUCAGUUGAUCCCCAUUAGAGAGGAACUGCCCGGUGCUGGCGUCAGGGCCGACGAUGACAUAAAGCAGUACAUCAAGGACACCGCUUGGGGUCACCACGCUUCUUCUACCUGUCCCAUUGGUGCCGAUAAUGAUCCAAUGGCUGUGUUGGAUUCGAGCUUUAGGGUACGUGGAGUUGCUGGCUUGAGAGUCGUUGAUGCUUCCGUCUAUCCUCGAAUUCCUGGCACCUUUACUGCCGUAUCAACAUACAUGGUGGGCGAGAAGGCUGCGGAUGUGAUAUUGAGCCAGAACUCUUGA